GUUGUGCCACAUUGUGCCGGAUAAAAAAAAGAUUCGAUCUCUAAAGUGAUCUACUUCGUACGAUGCUUCUUCCUUGGAUCCUGCGACAACCGAUAUUUUAUGUGUCGUUUAUCUAUGCAUUCCCGCCAGGAAUAGGACACGUUGCAGCGAAAAGGAGAACGGUUUCCCACAACGGUGUGUUUCCUGAUCCAUAUUCGAGAUCUAUCGUAUUAAACGUCCUCCCGAAAGAUACAACUACAGAUGAACGUAUAUAAAGGAUUCAUUUCGGUUUUUGCAUCGUCUCGAAUUCUAGUGCCGUGGAAUGCACCGAAUGCACGAGGCGCGUUGCAACAAUACCGGUUGCUCGGGUUGCUCUGCCUCGCCAGCGAUGCGAACUCUGUGAUUUCCAUUCCCUCUACUAAUCUAGCAUUCAGGAUUACAACGAACAACAAGGAAAGAUGUGACUGAACUUACUACAGAUCUCAGACCUAAAAUAAUGUAAAUAUGGCAGAGGGUGGAACGGAACCAAAGUCCGGUGACAAUCAAGCAUCUAAGCUUCAGUUAGACGUGAACGAGUGUCUUGGUAAUUGGCUAGUGUACUUACAGACCCUCAAUGGCCUAUGCACAGCUGGCACGAAGUUGGCCCAGUCGUUGCAGAUACUUCUGUCUGCACAUGACUCGCUGGCCCAAUGCCGGUUGACCGGACAGUGCCUCGUUGGCUGGGAAGAGCUGACAAGGGCGACGUACAUAGCUAGCAACACUGUGAAGAAUCAUAUAAUCUCGGCUCUGAGAGAUCACGAGACCAGGGAGAAUGAAAGAGAGAAACAUGACAUACUUAGAGAUAAUCUAUUAACGUUCAUAAACUUACAAUAUCAAUUCUGCGUUGCCUGCUGCGAAUGCUUAGGUGGAAUGGCAGAAUGUUCUUGUUCCCAAAGUGGCACUGCCGAAUGCGAUAUCGCCUCUCUACAACAAUGCUUCGAAAGAUUAUAUACUUCUCCGCCACCGGUAUCGACGUCGUCGACGCAACAGUCGGUGCAAAAUUGUCAUAGAUCCCCAUUACCCUAUCCUUUAUUUCCUCUGCAGGUCCAGAGGAGAUGGUCCGAAACCGCGGCUGCAGAAAUAUCGGGCGAAGCGUCGGAGAAUACGAUGAGAAGGUGGUCCAUGCCUUGGGACUGCAGGAACAUCACUGACUGGCCGCGACAAGAUGUUAGACCGCGAUUAAGUGUUCCUCAUCAAGACAGAAGUAGAUCUACCACGCCAGACACGAUAUGGAAAACGUCCACAAUGGCUAGUCAGGAUGGCUUGCAGGAGGCGAUUCAAUUGUUGUCUUGCAAACCAGGCGUCAGGCCUCUGAAUCAGUUGUCCACGUAUACUAAUCAGCAUAUUCCGGGUGUUACUUUGACGACGUGCAAUUUCGAGUCGAGUUACGAUUCGAGCAUCUGGCCGGGAUCUCGUAAAGUUGGUUCGUCGAGGUGCUGGCCGCACGAGUCUCAUUCGAGCGAUCACUCCGAGCAGUCAGGACGCCGGGAGAGUGAUCAGAGCGUGCACAGUGGGGAGCACAGAGAUUCGGAGCAAAGUGGAACCAGCGGUAGCCACGGGGACAGCAAAGACAGCAUUCAUUCGCACAGUGAUCAUAGGGAAGUUGAGCUUGGUGAGUGUAUAGGCACUGUAGAUACAUUGCCGUCGCGUAAGAGCAGCUCGUCGACGGACUCUUGCAUAUCAGCCCAUAGUCGUUCAGGUUCCGAGAGCGCCGGUGGCGGGGAAUGCGCGAGAUCUCAGCUGUAUUCGAUGUGGAGCGGCAGCGACUUGCCCUUUAUCAAAUUGCCAGAGAGCAACGAGACGCAAGACGAACAUUCGCCGGUGUAAAAUACUUGGUAACGGCGUUGCACACGAGUUUAAUUCUUUCCUUUUCUACGCUAUCGUUGGUCAUUAAAUGGGAACGAUCAAAAUCGUUCUUCUUAUCAUAUUUAGAAACGCGGCGUAGUAAUACGCGCGUUGAUAAUGCGUAUGAUUCAAUGUACGUAAUCGUUGAGAACGCGUGAAGCGCGGCGUUUGAUGUUCGGUAUAAGCAGAAGUAGAGUCGAAUGAGUGUGUUUAUACGUACGCGGUACGCCGGUACAUAUAAUCGCUCGAACGAGUAGAUGGUAUUACGGAAUAGAUUUAUUUAUAAAAAUGUAAUGUAAAAUUUUUGAUUGUCUGCAUCAGUUUACUAAACGGGCAUCGCUUGAUAUUGGUCCCGGUAUCUCUUUCUAGUCUCUCUCUAUAUAAUUUACUGGGGAGAAUUGCUCAUCGUUAUAUUUCUUUUUCGUUCGUCGAACCACACUCUCUCCGUUCACACGGCAAAGCUUUAAUGGAAUUUCCGAUUUUAGUUGUCGACAUUAUGCUAACGUUAUUAUUUAUAUUACAUGUAACCGCUUGAAUUUGAGAGCAACAACAACUUGGACAUUUCCCAGCUCGAUCCCUUUAUCAUGCAUUCACGUAACCGAGUGCGACAUUAAACCAUAUCAUACAAAAUGCAUUCCCAGCGAUUUGAUUGUUCACACGCGUGCAUCGCCGCGCAAUAAAGCGUAUCCUUGUCAUGCCUCCAAUACUGUUUAACAAUAUCGGUUGUCGCCUAUCGUAACGUAUGUCAACUUAUUCGGAAAACGUUCAGACGAGUUCUAUCCGACGCAAGUAACAAGAAUGAUUUGAUACAUGUACAACUUGUUUAUAUGGCACAGAAAAAUAAAAGAUUCGACGCUACUUACAUA